AUGAGCAACGUGAACUCCAAUGUAUUGCAAAACAUGUCGUUUGUGCGUCCUGAGUACUUUUACAUCGGCGGAUUUUCUGGAAUACCGCAUGUGAAUUAUUACUUUAUAUUUUUAUUUUUUACCUAUUUCAUCGCUGUGUUUGGGAACUCAUUAAUACUUAUCAUGAUAGUGACUGACCGAAGUCUGCACAUUCCUAAAUACAUAGGAAUCUUUAAUUUGGCUUUGGCAGACUUUGGUGAAACAAAUGCCCUGAUUCCCAACCUAAUGAAGACCUUUCUUUUUGAUUCACAGUACAUAUCCUAUGAGGCUUGUUUGGCAAACAUGUUUUUUGUGUUUUUCUUCAACAACGUACAAGCUUUAACUCUUGUUGUCUUGGCGUAUGAUCGCUUUAUCGCCAUUUGCUUGCCUUUAAGAUAUCAUGCUAUUGUAAAUAACUCCCUCAUGUCUGUGGCUGUAAUGGCUGUAUGGUCGUUUUGUAUGGGUUUGGUUGGCAUGACGGUGGCUUUGAUCACUCGACUUUCUUUUUGUAGAACUAAUGUGGUAAAAAGCUACUUUUGUGACCAUGGGCCAGUUUAUAUAAUUGCUUGUAAUGACAACACCAUAAAUUCUGUUAUGGCAAAAAUUUGUACAGUGCUAUUUAUCUAUGUACCCUUGAUUGCCAUAACUGUAUCUUAUAUAGGCAUUUUGCUUUCAUUAAGUAAGAUAACAACAUGGGCAGGACGACUUAAAGCCCUGAAAACCUGUGUCUCUCAUCUUUUAGUAGUAGGAAUAUGUUUCUUUCCUGUAUUAAGUACAUACAUUGCUGCAUUAACAUUCUCUUUACAUCCCAAUGUCAGGAUUGUCAGUACAUCACUAUCAAGUGCUCUUCCACCCAUGCUAAACCCUAUUAUUUAUGUGCUAAACACAAAGGAAUUUAAAGACCUAUUAUUUAAAAUGUUUAAAAUGAAAUACAGUUUAAGGGCCCAGGUUUUAUCAAAGUAA